GUGGUCCGCUUCUCAGUUAAAAGGAAAUCUGAGUCAGUCAUUCCAGUCAAUUUUUAACGAAAUGAAGCCACCGUUGUUUACAAGCGAUAGGCUCUAAUUAUUUUAGUGACUCCAGGUAUGUAAAAACUGUGGCGAUUUCAAUUAGCCACAAUUGAUUUUAAGUUAUUGAAAAGUAAAGGUACCUUGGGAGAAAGAAGCCCGAGCGCCCUUUCAUAAAUGCAUGCGGGUCGUCAGGAAAUUGAAGAUGUCAAACGAUUCCUUUGUGCAUUCUUCUGAUGAGGUUGACAGGAACACAGCUCUUAAGUGAUGUUAGAGUUCUGAAGGUUUUCUAUUGAAUCAGGACACAAUAAUCGCAGUUCCCGACGGCAUUCUUUAGAUUCCCAGAUGUCAUUUCAUGUCUCUGAUGCAGAAAGAUUAGCAGCCCUUCACACUGCAGCAAGGUUUGGUCGACGUAAAAGACGAGACUGGUUUAAUCUUAGGCGCAGUCGCCGUGCUAAUGCUUGGGAUAGAAGGAGUUCAAAUACAUCUGAUGAUAGUAACCUUGGAUCCAUGAUUCUACCUGCAAUCACUAUCAAUCAAGAUACUUUAUUUGCUAAUAUGAUGAAACGCCUCAAUAUCAGUUCCGAUGAACCUACACGGUCAGAAAGAGGAGCACCUUCGGCCCCCUCAGCUAAGUCAGUGAAUAUGCCUCUUCCAGGCCAGACUGCAUUGGAAUCAGAAGAUGAAUUUGGAACAGAUAAUCAUGCAUGUGCAGACAAUGACUCAGUCUCACAAACUGUUUUGAACAAUGUUCUUAAAAGUGUUGAUUUAAAGCAACAAAAUGAAAUUUACAGGCAAAAAUCCAGUGAAAGGUUAUCUUACAGUCCAAUUUGCAUUUGUGGUAGACUUAGAAAUAGCAACAUUAACACACAAGUUAAUAAAUCAAGUAUUGGCAUUCAGACUUCCCUUACAGAGUGUUCCAGUUCAAAACCAAUUAUGGUAAGCAAAUCUGUACAAGUAUCUUCACCUAUGCUUAUGAGAGCAAGCUAUGGAUGUCAGACACGUUCACUAUCAAAUAGCAAUAGUAGCCUAGAUCAUAAUUAUAGGACACAUGAAGGCAGUAAGAAAAUAACUGAAACUAGUUUCACCAACCAAAGAAAAUCGCAAAAUGGUGAAAGGCCUGGAACACCAAUGACAAAGCUAACAAAAAAACUUAAUGUGAGUGGGGACAAGGCAACUGAAAACAGUAAUAAGAAUGUGAAUAAUAGUUAUGGAUCACAUAAGCGAAAUACAAGUGCCAAAUGUGCAAGUGGUCAUGGAAGGAGGCGGCGAAGCAGAGAAAAUUCAGAUAUAAUGACUGUUAUAGAUAUUGGGGAAGGAAGUGAUUAAAGUUAUCCCGGAAGGUACUGUAGUUGAAAGAAAUUGGUAAUAGUGAGAUAGUGGACAUGCUCCUUGUGGUAUUGAGUGAAAGUUAAAUUGCUUCUGCAGGUUUGAAGCAAACCAUGACCACAUCCUUAUUACUUUUUAAUAUAGUCUCAGGUAAUGAGUAAGUUCAAGCCAUAAUUUUUUGAAUGUUGCCAUGUUGUGAACUUUUAUAUUUUUAAUGAUUUUAUCUUUUUAAGGUACCGAGUGUGAUGUAAAAUGUAUGAUGAUAUAUGACGUAGGAUAUUGUGAUCCUUGCAUCUGUGAACUACUGUAGACUUGUAACCAGACCAAGAAGUUCAACUUCAUAUUCUUACUUGUGCAGGUCAAGAAGGUACAGUUUUUACUGAAUUGUAAGUGAAAGUUGCAAUAUUUUAUAAAUAAUACUUGGAAAUAUAAUUUAAAAGAUUGUGUAAUUUCCUUGAGUGUAUAAUUACCAGUGAUUUGUUUUUAAGUAUUGGGGUUGUGAAAAUUAGAAGAAGAGAGAUCUAGAAAAAUUAGUGUGCUAGGUGGUAAGUGAUUAAAGAAGACAGAUGUAUAGAUCCAAAGGCACUGCACUGAGAACUCAAGCAGUCGUGCAAAGUACCUUUAGUAAUGCUGAUGAUGCAUCACUGAUGUUUAAUCAAGGUAAUGUAGUGGGCAACCUUUAUUGUUAAUUGGUAGUAAAUCAGUACCAUCAUUUAGCGUUCAUUAUAUUAAAGUACUCAAAGUUUUAUACAUUUGAAUAGUAUUUAUUUUGGCCUCGUAGGGGCCAGUUCCGUCAGUUCACUUCAUGUGGUAUGCUCUAGGUAUUACUGUAGGGUGUUGCAGCAAUCCUUCAGCCCCUAGCUGUUCUCACUCGUUAGCCUUUCACUUUAGUACCUCAAUCCCUGCAUCCUUUCUCCAGUCUUGCUGUCCUACCUCUCUAACUAUUAUUUCCUAAUGCCGCUGAGGGGUUUUCUCCUAGUACUUCAUCUCCCUUCCUUUUUGGCUCACUAUCUUGAGAUCCAAUCACUCCAACUCCCUCUUUUUACUGCCUUAAGCAUAUCAUUGCCUCCCCCCCCCUUCAUUUUAUUCUGUGGACACCUUUGCCCUCAAUUAGCAAUAAUCAUAGGAAAUGGGUCAUUUUGUAAAGGGUUUAUAAACACCCGAGUACUGCAGGAUAUCAACAAUAUUUGUUCAACCCAGAAUGACUUCUUAUUCAGUAUUGCCAAGGUUGUGUACACAUAACAAAUACAUGAUGCUGUAUGUAUUCACAUAGUGAUUAUGUCUUGCCUAAAAGCAGGACCCUACUGCUUCAGACCGCUCCUAAGCAUGUUUCCAAAGUUCAGUUACUGGGGAAAAUUAAAACAAACAUCAAAUUGGAUGGGAAACAAUAAAAUGUUCAUUCAAGGCAGGGAUAACUUAUAGACAAAAAGUCACUCAAAUAAUGGUUAAUUGGGACAGUGUUCGAUGUUUCUUGGCCACUUUUCAUCGGGUCUUGUAUUUCAAUAGUUAUUGUAUUUUGUGAAUUUAGUUUUGCAUUUAAUACUUGUUGUGGAUAACAUGCAUUUGUUCCGAUACGUAAUACAAACCCUCGGUCCUUUAACAAUAGGAAGGUAACUAGCGGCAGCUGGGACGGUCGUAAGCUUCGAACAAGGGGAGAACGGUAGUUAACUGCUUGUCCGAUCGUGCGCGCGCCCGCGCGCCCGAGAGGUGAAGAAUCACUUUUGCUUUCGGCCGCGGGUGUGAAGGACGUGUUCGUCAUCGCUCUCUGCCCGCUUCAUCGUCGUAUGCUUUGUUUAUAUUGGGUUUUCUACUAAUGGUUUGUUUGACUUGAAAAUGAAACUGUAAGUACACUGUUUUCAUUUUCAUUACUUAAUUAUGAAUCAACAUGGAGCUAUCGCCGUAGAGACGGCGAUUUCAUGAAUUGAACCCUUGAAUUGUGUCUCGGUGCCGAGGGCGGGCGCACUCGCGCCGAGUCAUGUAUUUUGGGCGAAAGUGUGUAAUUGAAAGAUGUAAGUACUCUUUUUCAUUAUAUUUUUGCCCUGUGCGUUCGUUGCCGAGAGCUUGAUUGCGCUCGGCAAGAGCCUCUUAUUUUGUAUGAAUAGAAUGCAAUGAAAGUGAAUUCGCAAUGCAGUUUUCUUUUCAUUUUCAUUUAUUAAUUGCAUUAAAUUUAAUUUUGGAUCAAUUUCCGCUCUUACCCGGGAAUUAAUCCUUACGAUUUAUUGCUGUGAAAGUGAAAAUAGCAAGUGCAGUAUUGUUCAUUUUCAUAUAUAUUUAUGUUAGCAUCAUAUUAUUAUGGAUCAAGUUUCCGCUCUUACCGGGAAUUGAUUUUUCCCCCUUUAAGUUCUAUG